GACUUUCAGCACUCAGCCAGCCUGCCCAAAAUGGGGAUUAGCAAAAAUGCCUUUGUGUUUCUUUUAUUUCUAUACUCAGUGCAGGGAAACUUACUAGACAACUAUAUAAAAACAGAAGGUGCAUGGAUACUUAGUCACAAUAAACAUAUUUAUAAAACAAACAAUCCAGAAGAAUGUGCGGAAAAAUGUGAAGCUGAAACAAAAUUUACCUGCAGGUCCUUUACAUUUACCAGUAAAGACCAGCAAUGUACAACACUGGCUGAGAACACCAAGAAAGCAUUGGUACUGAGAAGAACAAAUGCAGUUCUCUUUGAGAAAAGAAUGUAUCUUCUAGAAUGUAGGCGAGGAAAAGGAGAGGAUUACAGAGGAACAGAAUCCAAAACUCGGAAUGGUGUGAGUUGCCAGAAGUGGGCGGACACUGAACCUCAUGUACCUAGAUUUACACCUGAUAGUAACCCUAAUGAUGGAUUAGAAGAAAACUACUGCAGAAAUCCUGAUAAGGAUGUGUAUGGACCCUGGUGUUAUACCACAGAUCCUAAAAAAAGAUUUGAUUUCUGUAACAUCCCAGAAUGUGAAGAGGAGUGCAUGCAUUGCAGCGGGGAGAAAUACCAAGGCAACAUUUCCAGAACAGAGUCUGGGCUCGAGUGCCAGCCAUGGGAUGCUCAGAAGCCUCAUUCUCAUGGAUACAUCCCUGCAAAUUUGCCAGACAAGGAUCUGAAGAUGAAUUAUUGCCGUAACCCGGAUGGGGAGCCCCGGCCUUGGUGUUUCACCACCGAUCCAAGUAAACGCUGGGAAUUUUGUAAUAUUCCACGUUGCGCUACACCCCCACCAACUACUGGACAAGGCCUUCAGUGUCUUGCAGGAAAUGGAGAUAAUUAUCGAGGCAAAAUAGCCAUCACAGAAUCAGGAAAGACUUGUCAAAACUGGGCUUCUCAGUUUCCUCACAAACAUGCUCGGACCCCUGAGAACUACCCAUGCAAGGCCUUAGAUGAAAACUAUUGUAGAAACCCUGAUGGUGAGAGUAGGCCUUGGUGCUACACUACCAGCAAAGAUGUCCGAUGGGAGUAUUGUAGCAUACCUAGUUGUGAAGAGACAAAAGUGGAAAUCACUGCUGAAGCUGUGGAUGAGCAGGUUCCAAACACUGAAGAUUGCUAUCAAGGCAAUGGUGCGACUUACCGUGGCACAACUUCAUUGACUGUCUCAGGAAAGCGAUGCCAAGCUUGGAGGUCCAUGUCACCACACAGUCAUAAGAAAACCCCAGCAGCUUUCCCAAAUGCGGACCUGAGGCUGAAUUAUUGCAGAAAUCCAGAUGGUGAUAGAGCCCCAUGGUGUUACACCACUGAUCCAAGUGUGAGAUGGGAGUUCUGCCAUUUGAAGAAGUGUGGGGAUUUGCAAACAGUUGUACAAAAGCCAGUCCAGACAACUACAGAAUCAGGCACAGCAGACUGCAUACUGGGAAAGGGUAAGGAUUAUCGUGGCACCACAGCAAAAACUGGGAGCGGCAAGACUUGUCAAGCAUGGAGUUCUCAGACGCCACACACCCAUGACUUUUUUACUCCACUGACUCAUCCGCAUGCAGGCCUAGAACAAAAUUAUUGUAGGAAUCCCGAUGGAGAUAUUAAUGGCCCUUGGUGCUACACAACAGACCCAAGAAAAGCCUGGGAUUACUGUGAAAUUCCCAAAUGCCCUCCUCCUCAAUACGAGUGUGGAAAAGCCAAAAGGAAACAAAAGAUGUGUCCUCAAAGGAUUGUGGGUGGAUGUGUUUCAAAUCCACACUCUUGGCCCUGGCAAAUCAGUCUCAGGACAAGUUUUGAACAACAUUUUUGUGGUGGCACUCUGAUAGCUCCACAGUGGGUUCUUACUGCUACUCACUGCUUAGAAAGGUCCCAAAGGCCUUCUUCAUACAAAGUCUUCCUCGGGCUUCACCAUGAAGCGAAGAAAGAUCCAUCUCUGCAAAUCCGAGAUGUUGAAGCGUUAUUCAAGGAGCCAGACGGAGCAGACAUUGCCUUGCUGAAGUUGAGCAGUCCUGCACUGAUCAAUGACUACGUAAUCCCAGCUUGCUUGCCAAAGGCACAUACAGUAGUAGGAGGCAAAAUAGAAUGCUAUGUAACUGGUUGGGGAGAAACCCAAGGUACUGGUGGAGAGGGCAAACUAAAAGAAACUGGCUUCCCUGUGAUUGAGAAUAAAAUAUGCAAUCGCCCUGAAUUUCUGCACAAUAAAGUUAAAAGCACUGAGCUCUGUGCUGGGAAUAUUGAUGGUGGUACUGAUAGCUGCCAGGGAGACAGUGGGGGACCUUUAGUUUGCCCUGAACAUGAUAAAUUCAUCCAACAUGGGGUCACCUCUUGGGGUCUUGGUUGUGCCCAGCCCAGAAAACCUGGUGUUUAUGUCCGAGUUUCUAGUUAUAUUUCUUGGAUUGAGCGUACAAUUGCUAACAACUGAAUGCUGGGUAUUCACUGACCUUUCCUGGAGAGCAAUGCACACGCUAGGAAAAUGCGAUUCUAAAUACAGCAUUAAUCUAAAAUAAUCAAUUGUAAAUUACUGUAAAUUUGUAAGCUACUGUAAAUUAACAGUCAUUGUCAAGAGACCAAAUGGAUUGUUUGUUAGCCUCUUUCAAUAUGUUUUAUAUUCUGCUGUAUUCUGUGUUGAAAAUAUCCAGUUCUCUUGCGUAAUUGGAUACAAACAUUUCAAUCCUUGACAUACAGCUCUUGUGAAUAAAAUAAAUUGUCCUCAAAA